CGUGUGUCGACAAUCGAUUGUUCUUGCUGUGAUAUCAUCCGAUCAUGCAGAGUCCACUGUCUCUAUAGUCUGCCGCCUGUCGGUCUGACCACCGCUCAAUAUUAAUGUCGAGCUCACUCACGCCUACACGCCAACAACCAGACGAUGCUUUCGUUCUGAGGCAGACUAAUGUCUCCAACCCGAGCGUAGUCGUCCACCACCGACCCUCACUCCAGUCUGUCACUGCCUCCGAAGAUUACUACUCACUCUCUGGCUCCAACUCGUCCACUCACUCCAACGACAUCCUCGGAGCUGCUGGUCGAUCGCAACAUACCAUCACUCGCUUCCAAACCCCACCCAGUCGAUAUCGAACUCCGCAACAAAGCUCCACGGCAUUGGCUCAGACGAUUCAGGGACGCAAUGGUGGCGAGCCCGAGGGGGAGGAGGCACAGCACAGAAAGACUCCGAUGAGAGGUGAAGGCAAGCGACGCCUCAGCAGUGACGAAGCCAUUGGUGCUGUCGUCCCUCUGGUUGGCGCCUCGUCUUCUGCCCCUCCCAACGCCCAGACUCAGCUAAGAGAAGGCGGACUUCGAAGAAAGCCAAUACCCAGUGUGGUCAUGGAACAUGGCUCUCCGCCACGAACAGCGAACAGGAUAUCACCCACGCUUGCUCAGAGCUCAACGGCUCAGCAGAUCGAUCGCGAAAGCGAUGCACCAACACCCGGCGUCGACGAUACACCGUACAUCCACUUCGCCCUCGACCAGUUGACAAGAGAUGAGGAAGUGCGAGGCAGUCGGCGAUAUGCAGACACCGCGCCUGGCCGACACCGAUAUGAGGAAGUGCCGCAAGAGGAGAAGCGGGAGGAGAUCCAGCAGCAACCGUAUGACAAUAUCGAUGUUCGCAACCCUCAGCGGCCCAGCCAGCCUGGUUCACGACAAACAAGACCUGCUGGACCUGAUGUUUUCAUGCCAGUGUCACAAGCAGAAUCUCGGCAGCCACCGCUCAACUUCGUGCCUGGUAUCGUCAGACCCCUAGCCCUCGCUGGCUAUGCUCUACUUGUUACACUCUUCCUCAUCUGUCUCAUCUUCACCGCAAUCUGGAGCAGAGUCAAGACGGGGUUGUGGGCAUAUGCAAGCUUUGGCGAUGCGCGAUACUUCGUCUUCCAAUACCUGCCAACCAUCCUCGGCAUGAUUCUUCUGGUCUGGCUGUUCCAGAUUGUGAUUGCAGUCUACCGCAUUGCACCGUUCAUUGCCAUGGGUCCUGGUUCGCCGCCACCGAGCAGACUUGCAGGCGCAAAGCUGCCGUUAGUGCCACGGGGAUUUGUGCUGCCCUACUUUGGUCACUUCGGUGCGAGGUUACCAAUGAUUGGUCUUUUCGUGUUCAUUGCCUGGUUGCAGAUCUGGACAAUUCCUCUCCUCGGCAGCAGCUUCAAUGUUCACCAAGACAACAACCAUGUCUGGCACUGGAUUGCGACACAAGGUGCGAUCUGGGCCGUAGUCGGACUUUACAUGCUCCAGAUCUUGGCGCUUCUUGUGCUGAUGAUCUAUCUGCGCCGCGCAGAGACCGGCCUGAAAUGGGACCCUCGCAGUCUUGCAGAUAUGAUAGUCCUUCUCGAACGCAGCAAUGCACUCGAUGGUGAAGGCGAGACUGCGCCACAAGUCGGAUACUGGCGUUCUGCUCAUCGACCAACCGAGGUCUUCCACGCCUACGGUAUUGCUGACAAGCCAGCUCGUCAAUACGGAGUAGAAGAUGGUCGCAUUCGUGAGAAGCACUACUCUGACCAAGGCACUGAUCUCGAGUCAGCCCCUUCACCCCAGAUCCCACGCCACUCCAAGGAGGCGAUGCUCCGUCGCAGCACCGACGAGACCGAGAUCGAAUCGCGAGAAGAGCACCGCAGCUCUGCUAUGCCAUGGUUCCUCACGCUCAGCUUUGCUAUUCUCUGGCCGAUCAUCGCUAUCGUACUGGUCCUGGCAUUUCUCAUCGUCUCUUACCUCCCCUCAACGGCAGUCAGCGGUGGCUUCGAUCCUCAAGUGCCAGCAGCAGUUGCCGAUCUUGGCUUCAGUGGAACCAACUUCCUCUACUCCGUCGUACCAGGUGUCAUCGCUCUGCUUGUAUUCCUCUUCUGGAUCGACAUCGAUCUCGCACACCGCAGACUUGCACCAUUCGAGAGCCUGACUGGCGUCAACGCCGCACAUGCCCGCAAAAGCAAAUCCUGGACCGAUGAUCUGACUGGAGAUGUGGCAGAACGCACCCUCCUUCCAAGCUACGCCGCCGACCUGCCCGUUGUAGCAACCCUCGCAGCGGCCUUCAACUCUCACUGGCGCGUCGCCUUCAUCAGCGCUGUUGCACUCCUCAACAUGGCAAUUCCGAUCCUGGCGACAGGUAUCUUCUGGGCACAAUUCGACAUCCCAACGCAACGAGUCAAGAUCUACGCACAUAUGCCAGCAUAUUACGCCCUCUCCGCUUUCCUAACAAUCAACGCACUAGCCUACCUCGCCAUCAUCCCAAGCUCCACCCUCCGCCACGCCGCACUUCCACCUCAUCUCAACAGCUUCGCCGGCAUCCGAGACUGCGUCUACCAAUCUCGACUUCUCGACGACUUCGCUUUCCGCAACCCAGUCAGCAAGAUCGAUCUCGUCACACGACUCCUAUCUUCAUCAUCAGCGAGGCAUGAGCGAGGUGAUAAUUCUGGCUAUUAUGCACCACUCGCCUCAGGCGGCCUUCCACCCACCGAAAGCAAGGUCUCCUUGGCAGACAGUGUCCGCGGAUACGGACGAGCAAGAGUCGCAGCUCAGAGUCAGCCCGUCCCAGUCGCUGUUGACGCUCCAAUCGGUGGCGGACCCUCACGAUAUGCAUUUUCGAGAUUCCCUGGAAGAGAUGGAAGGGAUUGUUUUGGUAUCGAUCGUGUUAGAGCGGGAUGAGGAGGUGUAGCAGGACACGAGACUUUUUUUUUUUUUUGACAUGGUAUUUUGAGCGAUGGCGCUUUUUUGGAGUUUUUUUUUUAAAAACUUAACGUAUGAAAUGAAACGGCUGGGAAAUGACAUACGAAGAGAACAGAUCAUGCAUGGGAUGUACGAGUGGGAAGGGCAUGGUAUAGAUGAACGAACGGGUACGAGUCACGUCAAGAGACAGACGGACGGACAGACGAUGAAGGAGAGGAGAGGGAAAACGAACGAAUGAAUUUGGACUGGAUGAGAUGGAUCUUAAUGACAUAAUGUGAAGAGAAGAAGAAGACAAGACCAAUCCGCGCUGUGCUGUGCUGUGCCG